AUGAUACGAAUAUUUCCACUACGUUUUUUCCCAUUUUUACUCAAAGAAGAAUGUUUGUUAAUUCUUCAGGAUGCAAUAAUUUCAAAGCUGUUACCAGCAAUUCCAAGGACAUUUAGUGGUCUUACCUUGGCUGGUAUGGUACUCGGAUUAUGUCAUCACUUUUAUGGUAUAUAUUCACCCCCUUUUGUUCAAUAUGCUGUAUUGUAUGGCAAAGUGAAACCGGUGUACUGCGAAGCACUUGAAUGUUUGAGAGUUCCUAAAAGAUGGUUUAAAUACUUCUACUUAACUGGGGUGUUGUUUACUUGUUGUACUUUAUUAGUUGAACUUUUCUUUAUACCAACUCAUAAAACUAUCACUUGUGUGUUGACUCUGUAUCUGAUACACGUUUCACGCCGAUUGUAUGAAUGUGUACAUGUUUCUAUAUUCAGUGAUUCUUUAAUGAGUUUUGUUCAUUUUCUAAUUGGGAUUUUAUUUUACAUAGCUUCUCCUAUUGCAAUUUCGAUUUCACGAAGUAAUGCAGUUGAACGAUCGAAUUGGGUCAUUGUAUUAUUCAGUCUGCAUAUAUUAGUACUUCAAUAUCUACAAGAUUUGGUUUUUCAACAGUUGGCUUCUUUACGCAAACAAAAAGAUAAAAGCACAGACAAAAUAGCUGAUAAAAAGUAUUAUCCACCUGAAGGGAGUAUGUUUCAUUGGGUAUCAUGUCCUCAUUAUGUGUUGGAAAUAUCGCUUUAUCUGUCAUGGCAUUUGUUUAUUACACCAAAAUGGAUAUCAUUUUCUCAUAUGUUACUUUUUACAAUAUUUAACCAACUAUUUUGUAUAUGGGCUAGUCAUGAUUGGUAUCAGAAGAAUUUCCCUGAAUGGACAUCAAAACGUGCCAUGCUGAUUCCAUAUUUAUGGAUUUCUGCAGCGAUACCAACAAUUAAAUAUGCUUUGGAUAAAGGAGCUGAAAGUGUCGUAUUGAUGUCACAUCUAGGUCGGCCAGAUGGCAAUAAAGUUGACAAAUAUUCCCUAAAACCUGAAGUUACUUUUCUUCCUGACUGUGUGGGUCCUGAUGUAUUAAAGACAUGUGCUGAUCCUACUCCUGGUUCUGUAUUUCUCUUAGAAAAUCUGCGUUUUCAUGUGGAAGAGGAAGGCAAAGGAGUUUCACCUACUGGCGAAAAAACGAAAGCUACUACUGAUCAGAUCAAAGCCUUCAGCGAAAGUUUGACAAAACUGGGUGAUGUUUACGUAAAUGAUGCGUUUGGCACUGCACAUCGGGCUCAUGCUUCAAUGGUUGGUUGCCAGUUACCACAAAAGGCCUGUGGAUUUCUCAUGAACAAGGAGUUAACAUAUUUCGCUAAAGCUCUAGAGAAUCCUGAACGUCCUUUCCUUGCAAUCCUUGGAGGCGCCAAAGUUAGUGACAAGAUUCAGCUAAUCAAUAAUAUGCUUGGUAAAGUUAAUGAAUUAAUCAUUGGUGGUGGUAUGGCGUAUACGUUCCUCAAGAAGCUGCACAAUAUGAAUAUUGGAGGUAGUUUAUAUGAUGCAGAAGGUGCCGAAAUUGUUAAUAAGUUUGCGGAUGAUGCAAAUACCGGAGCAGCAACCAUAAGUCAGGGAUUCCUGAUGGUUGGAUGGAAGGUCGAAGCAUUUUAUGUAAUAACUCAUGGAUUGGACAUCGGACCAAAAACAGUUGAAGAGUUUCGCAAAGUAAUUAGUCGCGCUAAAACCAUUGUGUGGAAUGGUCCUAUGGGUGUUUUUGAAAUGGCUAAGUUUGCUUCUGGGACAAAAUCAGCAAUGGACGCAGUGGUUGAAGUUACUAAACAUGGAGCUACAACUAUUAUCGGUGGUGGUGACACUGCAACUUGCUGCGCCAAAUGGAAUACAGAAGACAAAGUCAGUCAUGUUAGUACUGGUGGUGGUGCUAGCCUAGAGCUUCUCGAAGGAAUACGUACCAGAUAGGGUGUGGUUGAGUUGUCGUACUUGGCUGUGUGCUCAAAACGCCUUAUGGAGUUGCUUUUGUCUUCCAUGAGAAGAAAGCUGUGAAUAGGGAGAAUACUUGGCGUUUGAUAAAUUGGCUAUAACCAGUUAUUUGCGGGAAUUCAAGGAUCUGUUAAUCAGUAAGUUCAGAAGUACGUCACUAGUUCAGCAAAAAGUGUAAGUCUCUACGCAAGGUAAUGGCGUUUGCUCAGCAAUUGAGGAAAGAAUAAAAAGGAACAAUAUGGAAUAGUAGGUAAAAUAUAUAAGAACUAAAAAACAGCAAAAAGAGAGGCUGAACUGUGCAAAAGAGAUUCAACUUCCCUGUAUAGUCUGUCAAACGAACGAUUUUUUUGACCAAAUAAAAAGGCAUAGAUUGUCUGAACUGUAUUUGCACAACAUAUUUCGAGCAAUGUGAUCAUACACGUACUUGUCACACGCGUAUUUAUAUUAAGGGAACUAAUUGUUAUCAAUGAUUUCUCUAUUGAAAUCAACAAAAUUUAUGAUAACCGAUGAUGGGAAUAGAACAACCCGGGGUUGAUAACAUUCGGUGAAUUUUGUAAAAUAGUAUCAUCAAUAUUGCAUGAGUCGUGGAACUGAGGCAGAUCACUCAUAGUCUAACAAUUAAAGGGAUUUAGCUAGAAAGUGUUGGUCAUUGCUAGAUAAAAAACCGUUUUAUUUGAGAACAGUUUAAUUGAUAACCAAUUUGCACAGAGGUUUUCAUGUAAUUAGCAUACUUAAUAUAAGCACUAUGGCAG